AUGCUGCGUGACGGCGAUUUUGCCCUCGAGAUCACCGUUUACGAAACCAACACGCCGCCACACUUCCGUCUUUACGCGUAUCGCAACGACAAACCGAUUCCGCCUUCCGAAGUGCAGGCGAGCAUGCAGCUCAAGCGUCUGGACGGCGAGGUCAAUACCUUCAGCUUCAAGCCGGAGAACGGCUACCUCGUCGGCAGUGGGGAGGUCACUGAGCCGCACUCGUUCGAUGUGGUGGCCGAAGCCACCGCAGCAGGCAAGUCCCAUCGCUGGAACUACCCCUCCUAUGAAGGCCGUACGCGAAUCGAACCACAAGCAGCUAAGGACGCGGGCAUCGUGGUGGAAGCAGCAGGCAGUGCCAGCAUCCGCGACACAGUGACCUUGAUGGGCAACGUGACGGUCAACACGGCGCGGCAAGCCGCAGUGAAAGCACGCUUUCCCGGCGUGGUGCGCAGCGUUGCAGUCGAGAUGGGCCAGCGAGUCAGUGCGGGCCAGACUCUGGCCACGGUGGAAGGCAACGACAGCAUGCGCAGCUAUGCCGUCAUCGCGCCGUUUGGCGGAAUUGUGUUGGCGCGUAAUACCAGCGUUGGGGACGUGGCGGCAGACAACACGUUGUUCGAGAUCGCCGACCUCUCCGAGGUAUGGGUAGACCUGCGGGCACUGGGCACCGACGCCGAGCGGCUUGCUGCAGGCCAGGUGGUGACGCUUCGCUCAGCCACUGGCGCCCAUGAAACCCAAGGACGGGUGCAGAGCCUGCUCCCCUUGGCCAGUGCCGGCCAAAGCGUAGUCGCACGGGUCAGCAUCCCCAAUGAAGACGGCCGGUGGCGCCCGGGUAUGGCCGUGUCGGCCGAGGUCGUGUUGUCCGAAACCCAGGUCCCGUUGGCAGUCAAGGAAUCCGGGCUGCAGCGCUUCCGUGACUUCACCGUGGUCUUCGCACAGGUGGGCGACACGUAUGAGGUGCGCAUGCUUGAGCUCGGCAAGCGCGAUGGGCAGCUGGUCGAGGUACUCGGUGGCCUCAAGCCCGAGCGAAUCAUUCGCGCGUCCAUCGCGCAUCGAUGGCUUGUGCUGCUGCUCGUGCUGGCGCUGUCCGGCCUGGGCAUCUGGAACUACAGCAAGCUUCCCAUCGACGCCGUGCCUGACAUUACCAAUGUACAGGUACAGAUCAACACCGAAGCCCCUGGCUAUUCGCCACUGGAAGCCGAGCAGCGCGUGACUUUCCCGGUUGAAACCGCACUGGCCGGGUUGGCACGUCUGGAGUACACACGCUCAAUCUCGCGCUACGGCCUUUCGCAGGUGACCGUGGUAUUCGAGGAUGGGACAGAUAUCUACUUCGCCCGCCAGCAGGUUGCUGAGCGUCUGCAGCAGGCGGCCUCCCAGUUGCCCAAUGGCCUGAAGCCAACACUGGGACCGGUUGCCACGGGCCUGGGCGAAAUCUUCAUGUACACCGUGGAGGCCGAACCAGGAGCUGAGAAAACCUGGACGCCAAUGGCACUGCGUACCCUGCAGGACUGGGUGGUACGCCCGCAGAUGCGGCACCUGAAGGGCGUGACCGAGGUCAACACCGUGGGCGGUUACGUCCGCCAGUUCCAUAUCACGCCAGACCCCCGCAAGCUGCAGGCCUAUGGCCUGACCCUGCAGGACGUCAUGGAGGCCGUUGCCCGCAGCAAUGCGAACGUCGGUGCGGGCUACAUCGAGAAGAGCGGCGAGCAAUACCUGGUACGCGUGCCUGGGCAGGUUGCCGACAUGGACGGCCUGCGCAAGAUCGUGGUGGCCAAUCGUGAGGGGCUGCCGCUGCGAGUAGGCGAUCUUGCUGAUGUCCACGAAGGCACCGAGCUGCGGACCGGCGCCGCCACCAAGGAUGGCAAGGAAGUUGUGCUUGGCACGGCCUUCAUGCUGAUCGGCGAGAACAGCCGGGCCGUUGCCCAGCGCACCGCUGCCAAGCUGAAGGAGAUCGACGGCACGCUGCCCGAGGGCGUUCGUGCACACCCGGUGUAUGACCGAACCGAGCUGGUGGAUCGCACCAUUGAAACGGUGAAGAAGAACCUCCUGGAGGGCGCGCUGCUGGUCAUCGCGGUGCUGUUCCUGCUGCUGGGCAAUCUGCGCGCCGCGCUCAUCACCGCUGCGGUCAUCCCGUUGACCAUGCUGCUAACGAUCUCCGGAAUGGUGCAGAACCGGGUAUCGGCCAACCUGAUGAGCCUCGGUGCGCUCGACUUUGGCCUGAUCGUGGACGGCGCGGUCAUCAUCGUGGAGAACUGCCUGCGCCGCUUCGGUGAACGCCAGCAUGCGCUGGGACGCCUGUUAACGCGCGAGGAGCGAUUCUCCCUGGCCGCUUCGGCAAGCGCCGAGGUCAUCAAGCCCAGCCUGUUCGGUCUGUUCAUCAUCGCGGCGGUGUACAUCCCGAUCUUCGCGUUGUCGGGUGUGGAAGGAAAGAUGUUCCAUCCCAUGGCCUUGACCGUGGUAAUCGCCCUCACCGGUGCCAUGGCGUUGUCGCUGACGUUCGUGCCGGCUGCCGUGGCGCAGUUCGUCACCGGCAAGGUGUCCGAGAAGGAAACCAAGGUCAUGCGUGGCGUAACCCGCCUGUAUGGCCCUCUGCUGGAGCGGGCGGUCAGUGCCCGUAGGUGGGUGGUCGGCGCAGCGGUUGCACUUACCGUGGUGGCCGGCAUCGGUGCCAGUCGCAUGGGUACAGAGUUCAUCCCCAACCUGGAUGAAGGCGAUAUCGCCCUGCACGCGCUGCGCAUCCCCGGAACCAGCCUUACCCAAGCCAUCGGCAUGCAACGCCAGCUGGAAGCUGCCAUCAAGCAGUUCCCUGAAGUCGACGAGGUGGUGGCCAAGAUCGGUACUGCCGAGGUGGCGACCGACCCGAUGCCUCCGUCGGUCGCCGACACCUUCAUCAUGCUCAAGGAUCGGGACCAGUGGCCGGACCCGCGCAAACCAAAGGCCCAGCUGAUUGCCGAGCUGGAGAAGACCGUCAGAGCCAUCCCCGGCAACAACUACGAGUUCACUCAGCCGGUGCAGAUGCGCAUGAAUGAGCUGAUCGCCGGCGUGCGCGCGGAAGUGGCGAUCAAGCUCUAUGGCGACGAUCUGGAUCAACUCGCACAGAUCGGCAGCCAGAUCGAGGACGUUGCCAACCGGAUCACCGGCGCAGCGGACGUGAAGCUGGAGCAGGUCUCGGGCCUUCCGUUGAUGACCAUUACGCCUGACCUGGACGCGUUGGCGCGCUAUGGCGUGGCAAUCGACGAUGUGCAGAAGACCGUAUCGGUCGCAUUGGGUGGGGAGUCCGUUGGCCAAGUAUUCGAAGGUGAUCGUCGUUUCGACAUCGUCGUGCGGCUGCCCGAGAACCUGCGUCAGGACACGCGCACGCUGGAAUCACUGCCUGUACCGGUGUCAGGUUCGACAGAGGCCGAUGCUGAUCGCGGUUUCGUUCCGCUGGGGCAGCUGGCCAAGGUUGAGGUGGCUCCAGGCCCGAAUCAGAUCAGCCGCGAGAACGGCAAGCGGCGUGUGGUUAUCACCAGCAACGUCCGCGGACGCGAUCUCGGCUCGUUCGUCGAGGAGCUGCGCGCCGCCGUCGGAGAUGAAGUCCAGCUGCCUGAAGGUUACUGGGUGGAGUAUGGCGGCACGUUCCAGCAGCUCAUCUCGGCCAGCGAGCGGCUGAUGGUGGUGGUGCCCGUAGUGCUGGUGAUGAUCUUCGGCCUGCUGUUCAUGGCGUUUGGUUCGGGACGUGAUGCCGCCAUCGUUUUCAGCGGCGUGCCGCUCGCCCUUACCGGCGGUGUGGCGGCUCUGUGGCUGCGUGACAUUCCGCUGUCCAUCUCGGCCGGUGUCGGGUUCAUCGCGCUUUCGGGCGUGGCGGUACUGAACGGCCUGGUGAUGAUCAGCUUCAUCAAAAGCCUGCGGGAACAGGGUGUGCCUCUCCACCGCGCUGUCAGCGAGGGGGCAGCGGGACGCUUGCGACCUGUGCUGAUGACUGCCCUGGUCGCCAGCCUGGGCUUCCUGCCCAUGGCACUGAACGUCGGUGCCGGCGCUGAAGUACAGCGUCCUCUCGCCACGGUGGUCAUCGGCGGCAUCGUCUCGUCCACGCUUCUGACGCUGCUGGUGCUUCCUGCGCUUUACCGCCUCAUCCAUCGCGAGGGCGAUACACCGUUGUCGUGGCUCCUCCUGCUGGCCGCGCUGUUGAUUCCCUGGGCUGCGUUCGCCCACGGUGUCAGUGAGGGUGACCAAGCCUUCCUGGAGGACAGCACGGGCACCCAGCUGAUUGCAUUUACCUACCUGGGUGCCAAGCACAUGGUCACAGGGUACGACCACCUGCUGUUUCUGUUCGGGGUGAUCUUCUUCCUGUACCGGAUGCGUGAUGUCAGCAUCUACGUGACCUUGUUCGCCAUUGGUCACAGCACGACGCUGCUGCUGGGCGUGUUGGGUGGCUUCCACGUGAAUGCCUACGUGGUGGACGCCAUCAUCGGACUGUCAGUGGUCUACAAGGCACUGGACAACAUGGGGGCGUUCAAGCGCUGGUUCGGCGUGCAGCCCAACACCAAAGCAGCCGUGCUGAUCUUCGGCUUCUUCCAUGGCUUCGGAUUGGCAACGAAGUUGCAGGAUUUCACCCUGUCCGCUGACGGGCUGGUGCCCAACAUGCUGGCGUUCAACGUCGGCGUGGAGCUGGGCCAGCUGCUGGCCUUGGCCGGCAUCCUGAUUCUGAUGGGCUUCUGGCGUCGCCUGCCGUCCUUCCAUCGGCAGGCCUACAGCAUCAAUACCGUCCUGAUGUGUGCCGGCUUCGUGCUGAUGGGCAUGCAACUGACGGGCUACUUCCAACUUCCCAGCACUCGCCGACUGCUCAAAUCGACCGCGCUCGCCGUGGCGGUCGCUGGUGUGAUUCUGAUCACUACCGUACUGCCCGCCGAGUACGGCAUUGACCCGACUGGCGUGGGUCGUGCCCUCGGUUUGGAUGCGCUGGCCGCGAGCGGCGAUUCCUCCGCAUCUGAAGCCGUUCCUCAAACCUCAAAUGGGCGCCCGGAAGCCAUUGCGGCCUUGUCCGAGAAGGCCAAGGUCGCCUUCGGAGAGAACAAGGGGCAAUCCCUUGAUCCAGCGGCUGUAGGUUUUGGUUCUGGCGCGCUGCGUCAGGACACCAUGACCAUCGAAAUCGAGCCAGGCAAAGGCAUGGAGCUGAAGUCCCACAUGACCACGGGUGCAGGAAUGCUGUUCCGCUGGACAUCCAGCGCUCCGGUUGCCGUGGACAUGCAUGGCGAGAGACCUGACGUGAAGGGAGCCUGGACCAGCUACGCCGUAGAGGGCGCCCAAUCGAAAGCAGAGGGGACUUUCAUCGCUCCCUUCGAUGGAACACAUGGCUGGUAUUGGCAGAACCGAGGCCGACCUGUAUCAGCCGUAACACCCCCGGCAUUCCGCCGGAACCAACCCAGGAGUCAAUCCAUGAAACUGCGUUAUACGUUCGCUGUAUGCCUCGUUGCCGGCCUGACAUGGUCCUCAGGCGCAUCUGCCCACGAUCCUGCCUUGCAUGCCGAUCCGGUGCCGGCCGCCGCGCCACAAGCUAAGCCAAAGACGUGCGAGCAGCUGGCUGAUCGAUCGAAGUACAAGGUUGAUCUGAAUGACUCUCAGACCAAGGCAUUGAAGGAGCGUUGCGACGCCGAGGCGGCUUCGGGCGCUAAGAAGAAUGAGAACUGUCAGGGACUGCUGGAAUGCGGCGGCGAAUUGCUGGCUGCCCUCCCUCUCGUGGCUAUGGGCGAUCGAGGGGAGCAGUCUGGUCCACGUGUCGAGCAGAAUCACCGGGUCUUGGCAAGGGGUGGGAAGGCGAUAGUUUGCGAACAUCUGGACGAGUCCGCCAUGAGCAUCCUCAACCUUCUGCUCACUCGUGAUCACCUUGUCGUCGCCGUGGAUACCUUGGCAGAGGAUGCUCUCACAGGGGCACAUUCCGCCGGGGCAAAGCUGCUGCUGAUCCCUCAGCACAACCUGAUGUUUGCUACGCGAGGUUCUACGCAGUUCUUCCUUCGCAUUUAUGAGCUGGCGCUGCAGGCUAGCUACCGCGCAGAUUUCACAAUGGAACAGUUAUCUGCCGAGCUGGGGUUGGUGGUGGACCAGCUGUGGCCGAACUACGAGAAGGCGGCAGCCGAGGCAGGAUUACCGAUCGAGCAGCUCGGGACCGAGUUGGUGUUUGGUGGCUGGUCGUCGAAGAGCGACCGGAUGAUGGCCACGGCAUAUGCCAAGAGCGGCAGCCAGCACCCUUGCGUGGUCCAGCCGAUCCGGGGGCAGCUGGCCUCACCAGGCGAACCGCUCCGGGCCGUGAUUCCUAGCAUGGCCCAGAAGGAUCUGCUGGCCCACGCACGCCUGCAGGCCAGCUACCUCAAUGAGCAACUUGGCCGGCGAGUGGCGGGAGGCCGGUUGCUGGCUGGGUUCUUGCAGAAGGGACAGGCCGUGCUCAAGGAUCUUGGAGAGAUCUAG